AUGAGUUCUGCCGCACUGGCGGCGCCGCAGGGACGCACAUUUGUCCACGAACUGCCCUCCUCUUCGGUGCUCGACUCCGACGCCUUUUUCUGCGCCCCAGCAGACCUCUCCGGGUGGUUCGGCGUCCCCAACGCCGCAAGGGCAACAGGGAAGGAAGGAAGGAAGGGAAGCAGAAGGGAAAUGGCUCGUCGGCUGCUUCAACCCACGCCUUUGCUCCCACUGGCGGUGCUCAUCCCGCUGCUGCUGCUCGUGAUGCACUGCGCUGGCGGGUGCCGCGCCGCUGCGGACCGCCGUGCGUUCGGUGACACGGUGCCGAAGAGCGACCGGGCGGCGGCUGCGGUGGUGCGCGAGGUGCCGCGGAGGGGGCAGGGCGCGGCGCAGGCGUACACCGUCGCAGCAGCAGCGGCGGAAGGAGGAAAGAGCAACGAGGGCUGGGCGCCCAUCCGCAUCGUGGUGUUCACGGAGGACCUGGAGGAGAAAACUCGGGUGAAGGGGAAGCAGAGGUACUGCAAAGCGGCGGAGGAAGCAUGCAUGAACUACCUGGGGCAAGAGGCCACUUGCACGGCCCGUGACGUACUGACGGACGCCAAGAAGGAGUUGUACAAGACGAAGAUAAUCCCUGAGGCCGUCAAGCUGCACGCGGAGCGACUUCUCGUGCAGCCAGUGGCUGGGAACAUUGUUGUGCCGCGAAAUCCCGGAGACAAUUGCCAGCACUUUACAAUUCCAACUGGGCACAAACAAAAGGGUGUGGCGGAUGCCGACAUGGUCCUCUACGCCGCUGCGGGGCCUUUCAGGCACGAUGUUCCAGCGUGGGCGGCCACGUGCGUCACGUUGGAUGACUCGCGCCCUUUCGUCGGCGCCAUGGAGUUCAACCCGGCGUACAUGACCGACUUGGCGCGGAGCGUCCGCGUCGCCGCACACGAGCUGGCGCAUGCCCUCGGGUUCAGCCACGAGGCAAUGCAGCUUAAGGGCAUGGUGGGCCAUGAGCUCCACGUGCGUGGAGUAAAGCGCAAGUUGGUGACGGGGGCCACGGUCAUGGCGCGGGCGGCAGCGCACUUCAGCUGCGGCACGCUCAAGGGCAUGGAGCUGGAGCAGGACGACACUGGGGGUGUGCAAGCGAAGGUGCCUCACUGGGAGGGACGCAACGCGAAGGACGAGCUGAUGGCUCCCACGGUCGGCGCCGGCUACUACACGGCACUGACGCUGGCGGUGUUUGCGGACCUCGGCUACUACCGCGUGAAUUGGGGCAUGGCGGAGCCGAUGCGCUGGGGCAACAACUCCGGCUGCGGCUUCCUGGAGAAGAAGUGCAAUGAAAUCGAUGGCCUCGCCGCCACGUACCCGCACAUGUUCUGCGACGACACCGACACAACGACGCUCCGCUGCUCCUCUGACCGCCGCCACCUCGGGACGUGCACCGCAAGCAUCGUUGAGCAGAGUGGGAGUCUGAACGAGAGGGACGUGUGCCCUGUUGUUUCAAUGUAUUUUAAUCAUUCAACUUAUGGGAAAACGUCCAACGCGUGCGCCGAAGCAACUGCGGCGACCCUCCCCGGGUCGGUGACUGGCAGUGGCUCGUGGUGCCUGGACGCGGAGACACUGCAGGUGAAGGCGAACGCCGGUGACAAGAAACUCGCGGGCGUGUGCGCGCAGGUGCUGUGCGAGGACGGCGCAGUGAAGGUGAAGUACAGCGGCAGCGAUGCGUGGCACGAGUGCCCCGCGGAGAAGGAAAUCGAGGUGGAGUCAAGUGAUUUCGAGGACGGCGGCAAGAUCAAGUGCCCGAGGUACGCUGAGGUGUGCACCAUCGCCGCCAACGGCAGCAGCCUCGUCAUUCCGCGCGCCGUGUUGGAGGAGGCGAAGGGAGACGCCGAGGAGGAUCAAAAGGGGGCUGCAGCGGGGCCAGAGGAGGGGCAGGACGAAGAGGAAGUUCCGGCACGCGAGCCACAGCCUGCAGAGUUGCCCUCUGGAACUGCGGGCGUCGAUCCUUCCAGUCUGGCGGCCGCAGCGGAGGUUGCGCCCGGCACGUCGCCGGCUGCUGAGGCGCAGGAGCGCGCGAAGGAGCCUGACGGUGCCGCGCACUCCGCCGCUGCCUCGCCGCCCCCCGCUGGCGCCGCCCCCUCACCGGGCGAGGCCGCUGCCGCAAAAGAAAGCGACGCGGCAGGCACGGCGGGAGCAGCUGCUGCGUCCCCCGAUGCGCCUGCGCCGCCCACCCCGACACCGGCGGCAGCCGUCAACAUCAGCGCCGUGCAGAAGAAACUUGACGGGGCGGCGCAGCACGUCGGAAGCGACGCCAGUGCGGCUGCUGCGGCUUUUGGCUGCGGUCGUUUUGUGCUGCUCGCCGUGGCCGUGGCCGUCGCCGCAGUGGCGAUGCCGCCGCCUUGA